AUGUCCGCAGCAACGUUUGAUGCGGCUCAACUUUGGUGGCCACCACUAGAACGAUUCUACAUCUCCUUGACAUCCUCCACCCAGAAUUUGCCUGACAAGCUUCAAGAACAGGCCAAGGACUUCGAUCAAGAACUGGAUGAGGUGCAAGCCUACAUUCUGCUCCGGCGGUGGCAAGGAGACCACAAGGAUGCGGUCAUCAGGGAUCACUUGACACUUGAGCAGCUGCACAGCAUUGCCCAGGCGUAUUUCUUGGAGCGUUCCUACGCUAUUGAAAGCCUGAAACUGAUCUUCCAACUCGUUGAAGGGGCUCUGGCGGUGCGGGAUGCUGGCAGCAUGGGGGCGCCAGGAAGGGCGGCGCUGGCGCAGACGCGCAUGCAGCAGGCGGCCGCAGAGCGCUGCGCCCUGCUGGAGACGCUGCUGCUGCUGUACUACAGCCGGCCGCUCAGCGUGGAGCGCUGGCUGGAGCUGGCCGCCGCUGUGCGCUCCAGCCUCGUCCUCAGAAGCUCGGCGCCCAAGUCCGGCCAGAAUCCUGGCCGCCGCGCAGACCACCUGGCGACCAUGGUGCUCCUGCAGACCCUGGAUCUGGAGACACUGCUGCGGCUGGUGGCUGACAACGCAGCGCUGACGGCCGACGCGCACCGCUUCGGCGGCGCGGCCGAUCGGGAGCGGAUCGAUGCAGAGCUGCGCUCCUGGUGGGACGGCCCCUCCGAGGCCCAGACCCCUGUCCUGCUGGCCUGGGCCGCCUUCACCACCCUCGCCAACAUCGUCUCCCCAGACAAGUGCGAGGGAGCAGACUACAGGGGCCACGCGCAGGUGGCAGCGGAUGACGGGGCGCUCGCCAGCCUGGCAGCCAGCGCUUCCAGCCUGUGCAGCCCGGGUGGCAGCGCCGACCCUCUGGCGAGCCUGUUCAGGAGCACGCUGCUGGCGCUGCUGUCGAGCAUUGUUGGCGCGUUCGGGCUCUCCCCUGCCCGGCUGCCCAGCAGGGACCUGGAGCACAUCCUCCAGCUGCUGCAGAGCAUAUUCGAAGGCCAGGAAGACCUGUGCGAGUCGUUCUGGAGCAAGCAGAGCGUAAUCGAAGAGCCGCUGCGACACUUCCUGCAUGAGUCCCGUGGGCUGUACCCUCAGUACCCCGCCCCUCUGCUGCGGCUGCUGUCAGGACUCAGCUCCUCGCGAGAUGCUGCAGUGGAGGCCAACGCAUACCUUGCGAGCCUGCCCGUCAUAGCACAGCUGCACGACAGAUCCCAGCCCUUGCGGUACUUGGAGGAGGGAAGCAGCUUUGCCCAGGAUGUCCAGGCAGCAGAGUCGAUGCCUGUAAUGGGCAUUCCAGACGCCAUCCCAAAGGGUGCGCGGGGGAGUGUGCAUGCGGUGCCGCCAUGCCUAGCAGAUGCAUCGAGCAAUGACAUAGCAGGUGACAUAGACGAGAGGGUGCUGGUGCAGUGGCGACUGCCCAUGCAGCUGGGUGCCGGGCAGAUACUCCUGCUUGCCAUUGUGCAGGAAGAGCUCCUUCUCCUCCACCAGAUCAUGGCGGCACCUGUGCGGGAGCAUGUGCUAGCAUUGAGGCAGAUUGAGGAGGCGGUGGAAGCGCUGAGCCCGCCGAUGCAUCUGCUGGCGCGCAUGACAACCGCGCAGCCAGCGCUGGCGGUAUCGCUGGUGCAGAUGAGGCUGCCCUCGACAGCUGGCGAUGAGAGCGGCAGGGACCUUGUCAGCCUUGUUGCGUCAGCACUGUCCGUGUUGCCUCAGCUGCAUGCACACGCUAAGCUGCGCUCCCGCCUGCUCCCCAUGCUGGAGGACUGCCUGGGGCUGGCUGGAGCGCUGGCGCUGAAUCUGCCGGCGCGCGCUCUGGACGAGGUGUGCACGGCGCCGCUGCUGCAGCCGGCAUCCGCGGUUGCCACCGCUCCACGCAGCCUGGCGCCCGCCCCCAGCUGCCCCCGCUUCGUGGAGCAGAGCCUGCCUGGACUUCAGCACCUGCAGCAGGAGGUGGAGGCCCGGAGCGGCAACUACGCUGUCUCAGAAGCGUUCCUGAGGCUGGUCUGCGUCCUGCUCCAGUCUGGCACAUCCUCUCCUACUCUGCAGGCCUAUGUGGGGUUUGUUGUUGGCUAUAUCUUGCCCAACCACCCGCGGUGGCUCUACGCCAGCCAGUCCCAGAGAUGGCGCAUCAAUGCAGCCGCCGUCAGAGUCGUGCACCUGGCGCUCACAACUGACGCGUUGCCCAUGCUGCCAACAGUGGCGACGGCACAGGCUGCCCUGGUGCCAGAUCUGGCCGUGGCGGUCAGGCAUGCGCUGCAAAAAGGCGGCGGCAGCGCGAGCUACCUGUGGGCGGCAUUGCCCCCAGAUGCGGCCACGCUGCGCGCGCUGAGCCUCCGAGAGUCCGGCGCCGAGGCAGCCGCCGCGGAGGAGGCCGCGCAGGAGUGGCAGCGGCUGCUGCCUGCCCUCGGCCUCGGGCCCGCGGCGCCCCUGGCCACCCUGUCCUCAUCCCUCUUCCAGGUGCCGCGUGUUGGCGUGUCCUCGCCUGCCAGCGUUUUGGCAUCCCUUGUCAGCUACGGGUACCUGGAUGCCGCGGCCCAUGCAGAGGUGCUCCGCGGCGUGCGUGCCCUGGCGCUGGCUGCCGCGCAGUCCACCCGAAUGUCCUUUGCAGGCUUUCUCUCCCAGGCCUGCGGGCAAGGGCAAGUGCCACUGAUGCGGUCGCGCCUGGUGGAGCCACUGAGGCUUGAAGACGCCAAGGUGGACGUCAGCUUGUAUGCAGCCUCUGUCCAGCAUCUGGUGGCAGCCCUGACCUUCCACCCAAGCGUGGUGGACCUGCUCCUGUUCCCAAGCGCCCUCACAGACUCGGAAGCUGAGGCUACCCCAGCUGGCACUUCUGGGGAUGAGCAGGCCAAGAAGAGGUCGGCAGGGUCCUCACCCAAAGGCGCCAAGAAGGAGCUGAAGGUGGCGGCUUGGAGCUGCCUGGACGGCCUGUGGGAGGCUGUGAAGUCUGGACCACGACUGCGCGCACAGCAGCCGGCCGUGCUGGCCCACGCUCUGCGCGCCCUGCUCGCCAUGUGGCAGGCGGGCCCAGUGGCAGGGCGGGCGGUGAAGGCGCUGCGGGGUCAGGGGGAUUAUUGGGGGGCGCUGGCUGGGUGCCUGCCGGAGGCCGCGCAGCGUUCCCUCCUGCUGGGCGCGCCCGACCUCGACGACGGCGGCGAUGAGGAGCCGGCGGAUGCGUGGCAGACGCGCUCGGACGGCGCGUGGCGGCUGGCCGCGGAGGCACACGCGCUGCAGCUGCUCUCGCUCGACGCCUUUGCGCACCGCCGCAGCACCGGGGACGAGGCAGGGAGCAGCGCAUGGAGCCUGCUGGACGGCUGGGCGAGGGAUGCGGACGGCGGGCAGCUGUUGGUGCUGCUGCAGCGCUACAGUGUUCCCUGCGCUGGCAGACGGCUCCUCGCCGGGCUGGAACGCUCCGCCAACGAGGCCGCCCUUGAACUGCUCAGCACCGCACUCUGUGACAAGAUGCUUGGGCCGAGCCUGCAGCUGCCAGGCUCGCUGCUGGGGUCGCUGUAUGCCCUGUCACAGCCGCUGCUCAGGCGAGGCGCCUCUCAGGAGGCCGCAGCGGCCGAGCUGCAGAAAGCGGUGGAGAGCUCUGAGAGGGGCCCAGACUCCAUGCAUGCCCACCUUGUGGCAGAGAUGGGGCGGCUCGGAGGAGGCUCGCUCCUGCUCAGGCAAGCCCCUGCACCUUGCUUUUGGGAGCCCUUCCCCAGCUAUGGCACCGCUUAUGUGUACGAUACCAACCGGCUGGCCCGGCAGAUUGGGCCGGAAUUUGCGCGCGAGCUGAAGUCUGUGCAGCAACUCCUGGCCUCCAUGAGGGCGGUGGGAGUGCUGGUGAGCACGGAGGACGCGCGGCAGGCGGCACUGCGGGCGGUUCGCGGGGCCAUCGCGGUGUCGCUGCGAGGGGGGGACGCGGCCCCCCAGCUGGGCGCCAGCGUGAUUGCCGGCGUGACGGCCGCCCUGUCGCGCGCGCUGCUGCCGCCGCUUGCGCAGGCCGCCAAGGGCGCGCGCAGCGACGACGGCGUUGCCUCCUUCUCCUGGCUCGGCGCCUGCCUCUCCUCCGCCGCGGAGGUGGCCCAGGUGCUGGUGCUGGUCCUGCAGCGGUGGCAGGGCCGGGGCAAGGCGGCGGCGUCCGGCCGGGCGCCCUCCUCAGACCUGUCCAUCUGCGCCGAACUGCUCCACAUCACCCGGUCGUGGCUGACGGGCAGGGGCGCGCUGGCGGCUGCCAGGUGCACGGAUCGCGCGCUCCUAGAGGACCUGGAGGUCAGUCUGCUGGCGGCCCUGCUGCUGGCGCUGCAGCGGCUGCCCCCUCUGCUCAAUGGGGCUGCCCGUUCCGAGCCGCGCGCCGCCCUCCGCACCGCACUCGCGCAGGCGGUGGGUCCGCUGCUGGAACUGUGCAGGGAGGCCGAGGGCAGCUCUGCCACGGCGCUGGCCAUUGCUCAGGUGAAUCUGGUGGAUGUGAUGGACCGCGCCUUCCGGACAGUGGUCAGGAGCCGCGGUAAGGGGGCGACGCAGCCGAAGGCCGUCACAGAACAAGCCAGCACCCUCAUGGGCACAUCCCUGUCACUCAUCCUCACGGCGGUGCAGCACAAAGGGGCCGCGCAGCUGUUGGCGGACCAGGGCCUCCUCAGCUGCCUGCUGGCCAUGGCUGCCUGGAUGGUAGCGCCUGACGGGGGAGGGCUGGGUAGCGCGGUCAAUGAGGAGCCGGUAGAAGCAGGGUCGGGCGGCGCGAGGCGGCCGCAGUCGGCGGCCACGGCACCACCGGGCGCGGAUUACGCCGGCGCGUACAGCAGCGGCGGGCGGCCGGUGCCCGUCCACCAGCACUGGCUGUCCCUCUGCGCCAUCCUUGGGGUGGUGGUGCGUGCGCUGCCUGGGUGGACGGCUGUUGAGGCUGAUGCGGUGGCGUUGCUGGUGGCUGCGGAGGAGCGCCUGCUGCUGGCACUGGAGCCCCCGGCCGCAACGCCUGCGCAGCCGCUCACCCUCGCCAUGCUCCAGGCGCGCACAUUCCCUUCCAUGAACUGUUUUUGGGGCGCACGACAGGGGGCGGACAGAGACAGAUUUGGCUUCAACUGUGCCGCCUGCAUGCUGCACAAAGAAACGGAGCGCGCAGCGUUUCUGCUGGCUUCCCUGGCGCGGCUGCUGGGCCUGUGGCAGAUGGCGCUGCCGGCCUCGCUGCCGGCCGCACGCCAGACGGCGGCCUCCUUCCUCUCCUUCGCCGCGUUGCCUACCGCUGCCGACACCUGCGCCGUGCACUGCCCGCCUGUGUCGCCCUCUGAGAAGGCUCAGGCAAGAGAGCAGGCUGGGCUGCCGGUGGGGGAGGCGUGGUUUGAUGUGUGCGCGGAGGGCAGCAGAGAGGCGAAGGCCGGCGCCGGCGACUACAGCGAUUUGAAGCACAGCGACUACAGCGCCAGCCUGGCAGAGGCGCUCUACGGCAGCGUCGCCCAGGCGCUCUCCUUCCUCUGCGCUGUUGCUCCAGAGGUUGGGGAGGACGAGGUUGCAGAAGGGCUGGGCCCGGAGUGGCCGGAGCCACGGCAGCUUGCGGGCCUGCAGCAGCAGUGCCUGGCGAUGUCCUUCGAGGUGUGCCAGCGCAGCAUGGCCGGCAACGCGCGCGCGGCGCGGCUGUGCCGCACUCUGCUGGCCAUCCUGGCAAUGAGCCGCCGCCUGCAGGCCGCCCAGGGGUUCCACCCCGACCCGGCGCUGGCCGAGCGCAUCCGGGACGGCCAGGCGCGCAUGACCGCCGCGCUGGCACCGCCCGGGAAUGCCUCAUGA